AUGCAACCCCGCAAACGGCCCUACGUUGAACAGCAAGACGCUGAUGCGGUAUGGACAAGCCCACAGAGCGAUACUUUGAAUAGACUGAUGGAUUUUGUCCAGGACCUCUAUCGGCCCCAGCCACCGAAACCCAAACGACGCCUGCAGCAGUCCGCGGAUUUUUCUUGCUCGGUUCCUUCUACUUACAGUGGAUGGCCUGAGGAGGACCUUCAACCAGCUAUAGGCAAUUUCACGCCGCAACCUGCUACCAUGGCUCCGUCAUGUAUGCAUCUGGUCGGAGCCCUGAACAGCGAGGAUUAUCUUAGCACGACUGAGUCACACAAGCACGAUAGUGACAUUGACAGAAUCUUCGCUCCACUUUCUGCACCAGACGGAUACAAUAAUUCGCAAGUAAUUGAAAAGAUUGACCAGAUGAACCAGGAUCUCCUACCAAUGCAAAGUCACCUUAGUCAGACAAUAGAGCCAAGGCCUCGCUUUACCAAUGAGCCAUGGCCAUCGUUCGAUACAAGUCAGAUGCAGCCACCGCCGAUGCGAUGUCUCUCCAAUUCACAAAUUCCAAAUUCCUUGAGCUAUAGUCAAGUGCCAAACAGCGUCAGCACGCAGGUCUGUCGUGCAAGUCACCCGACAAACAUGAUUUUAGCCGGGAAAGAAUUCUCGGAAGGUGCAUUACCACUCGACUCAGGUUACGGAUCCAAUGUCGUCAGUCCAUUGACACCAUCAGUUCUCAGUAGCCAUGGUGAUCCGACAUGUCCAUCGAACUUCAGCAAAGAUUUCGGCAACCAGCCGCUAGAUUGUCAAAGCCUGACCAACGGCUUUGAUGGAUUAGAUGUCACUUCUCAGGCCUUCGAAUCAUUGCACUUCGAUUUCUUUGCGGAAACUAGUGGACAAUUUGGAUCUAAGGCUUCCUCGAAUUUUCUCCAGGUAGAUCAGAAAAUCCCUGAAGGCCCUCCGUGGAUUUGCGAUAUGUGCGAGAUAGGGCAACUCAAGAACAAGUCAGAAUACAAGGUGUAUCAAACGCCAGAGCAGCUGGAAGAUGCCGUCGUAUCGCAACCAGAUGACUCUACGAAUUUGGACGCACUUGCCAGCGAUGUUCAUUCUUCUUCGUCUUCUUCGUUCAAUAAUCUAUUAUCCAGUACUUUGAAACAUGAUUCUUCUUCAUCCCUUGACGCUCCUGCCUCUUCGUUGAUUCAGCACCAGAUAGUAAAUCUUCAAGACGUUCUAAGUAAAGUACACAAGCCAAAUCCUGAGCAGGCUUCUCAGAACCGGAAUGAAUUGCGAGCUUUACACCCGCCUAAUCAUCUGCCUCUCAGUAAGUACCAAAUCCACACCAGGCAUACCCAACCCGCUAUAAGUCAUCCCAUGUCAAGUUUCCUCAUUGAGCAGGAUCCGAUCAUCACGAAUUCGGAUCCUAAUGCCAACAAGGGACCCCGAUCAGUUCUUCUCAAAAGCUCAAAUCCACCAUUGACAUGUGCUGGAAAGUCAAUCCGAAGUCAGGAUAGUACAAAAGCAGUGCCUUCCUUGGCAAAUCCAAUUCAGAACCUCACCAAAGGCUGUGAAAGUCAAGAUACGAAGCGCGUAUUGCCCAGUCAUAAGUCUUCCGAUGUAACGACUGACUCCUCAACUUCGCCGGUUGAUAUGGUUAAAACCCAUCCACUCAUUGCACAAGAAGCUAGGAGGAUGGCUCGCAUACUCUAUGCCCCUGGCCUGCUCCUGAGUGUUCAAAACUCAAGUUCACAAAAGGUAGAGGCCUAUAUUCGAGCAUCUCUACAUCGUUCCUUUCUAGAAAUUUUAGUGCAAGAUCGUAGCAAGCGUUUGAACCCUUGUCUAAAAGUCGAUAAGGGUAAGGUCGUGCCGCCAGAUCGAAGCCAGUGUCCGAUAUGCUUCAAGGUCAACAAAACGCGCUCAGAUUUGAGGUAUGUCAAAACUCCCCUUCUUACUUUAUGCUUUGAACACACUCACGACAUCUCCAACGUGCUCUUGAUAUUGAGAUUGGAGGAUAGGAAACAUAUGCAGCGACACGAUCGACCGUAUACUUGCACAGCGCACGAAUCACAUGUGUCACACGAAAUGUGCACAAAGACAUUUGGAAGUAAGAGUGAUUGGAAGAGACAUGAAAGGACAAUGCAUGAAGAUGUCAGCUUAAUGGAGGCUUGGUGGUGUUUCUUACCCCACAGACCUCCUGCUGCUAUAUCUGAUUCAACAGAGAAAUGUGAUGAGGGAGGGAACGAGCGCGGGAGGAGGGUCGAGACUCACAAAGACUCGAGUACUGCUGCAAAGAAUAAAGACGACAUAUCUGAGAAGCCUCCUUCCGAGACGCGAUGUCAAGAUAGGAAACCUGAGCAGAAGUCUUCAGCCUCCUCGGAGGGUAAUCGCUGUACUGAACCCGGUAUUCCAAACGCCGAGGUGUGCCAACACACAUUUUAUUCGAAGGAUGAAUUCUACGAACACCUCAUUGAUGUACACAGUUUUGAGAAACCGGUCCCCCCACUAGAUUGGCCACCAGAUCCCUCGUACAAGUCAUCUAGUAGGAAUUCACCUGCGGCAGCGUCCUUUCCCACAGAUUAUCGAUCACCCUCUCCCUCACGAGCUCAGCAUACCCCGACGCCACCUCCAAGACCUGAGUAUCCCCCUGAAUUUAAGCAAGCUAAGACAAAAUGCAAGGAAGCUAAACGCAAGGCUCAUAUUGGCCAUAAUGGAAUCGACGGGUUUUGGUGCGGAUAUUGCAACACAGUCAUUCACAUUGAUAGGCAACUACGAGGCCCACCAGCAUGGGAAGCACGAUACCGUCAUAUUGAUGAAAUGCACUUUCGACAGAAGGGGAAGGGCCCCCAAGAAGAUGCGUUGAGGCGAAAUGGUAGUAAGGGCUUUGCGUGGGUUGUGCUGGGUGUUGGGAAGACCAAAGGUAAACUCCUACAAGAGGAGGCGGAAAAGCUGAGGAGAAGACGGGAAACGGGGAACGUUUCGGACGAGGGGGAAGACAAGGAGCUCGACGAUGAAGAAAGAGAAGAGUCUAGGAUAGAUCAUUCUCUCGAGAGCGAUCAUGACGCGCAAGAGGUCAACGAAGCUGCCUUGCAGCCUAUGGCGACCUCUCAGUCAGAGAACGGGACAAGUUCUCCUAGUCGCCUCUCAAAAGCAACGCGAGAGGCGGAUAUGGACACAGAUGAAUAUGAUUUCGACGAAGAUAUCCUUGAUGCGAGUAAGGAAGCCACCCGCAGUGUCAACAGUGACACUGUCUGCCCUAGGGCUUCGCCGCCGAACGUUAUCAGCGAAACAAACCCCAAAAAGUACUGGCGACAGUGGACAUGUUCGCUAAUGGCAUUGAAGCUCCAAGAUUGA